AUGCCAUCACGAAUGUUACAGAGAGGUUUUAAAGCUGAAAAUAUUGGUGAAUGCUUAUAUAAAAUUCGUGAUAAUAAUAUUAGACCAAGACAUUUCCUUGGCGCAAACAACAAGGAUGAAAAAGAAGCCAUACUUUCAGAUCAUAAAGGCUAUUCCUUACAUAAAUAUAUUGAUGGUGAUGAGUCACUCUGA